AUGUUUAUGAGUAAGACCAAGGAUAAAGAUGUCGGUAAACGAAUUUUGUCCCGGGCUGAGGGUUGGAUGAUGCGGAUGGAUCACUGUUUCUUCGAGUUCGAGCACGUGUCAGGGAGUGACAACAUCGCUGAUGCCGCCUCGAGAAUUGGCGUCGUGCGAGAUGAUCCACAAUUUGGAAUGCAUAAGGAACCGCAUGAGCUAUGCACAGUUACGACAGACGCAGAGAUUAUUACUGAUCAUCUGUUGGCUUUGACCACAUCGGAAGUAAAGAAGACGCUGGAAAAGGAUGAUGAACUUCAAACCGUUAUAAAAUGGCUCGAGAAGACGAAAAAAUGGCCAGAGCAAAUCGCAAAGUACCAGCCUUCCCAACGUGACAUGUAUAUGCAAGGUGUCUUGUUGAUGAAACAAGAGAAGAUGGUUCUACCAAGCGUACUACGGGCCCGCGCACUUCUGUUGGCUCACCGCAGCCACCCAGGUAUGUCUACUAUGAAACAUUUUCUACGGCAAGGUUUGUGGUGGCCAGGUAUGGAUAGAGAAGUGGAAGACUUUGUACGGAGUUGUCCGGAAUGUCAGUUAGUAACUGCAUCGAACCAUCCAUUGCCUAUUACGUUGACGGAGCUGCCAAAGAAUCCGUGGGAUUAUGUCUCUAUGGAUUUCUCGACUGCGUCGGAUAUACACAACUGGAAAGCUCUUGUUCUCACUGAUAACUAUUCGCGGUUUUUAGUAGCAAUUCCCAUGGAUAAAACAGAUACUGAUGCGGUCAAAAACGUUCUCAAACGUGUUUUCAACACAUAUUACAUACCAAAAACAUUGAAAGCUGAUAAUGGGCCCCCAUUUAACAGCGCUGAUCUGAAAGCUUGGUUGCAGAGAGUAUGGGGAAUAAAACUCAUUCAUAGCACACCAUUGAAUCCAACAGAAAAUGGGCUCGUGGAAAGGUGCAUGCAGGGUAUCAAUAAGAUAACUUCUAUCGCGAAACUCGGGAGGAAAAAUUGGAAAGAGGCAUUGGCUGAUUACGUAGCAGCGUAUAACACAUGGCCACAUCAUGUUACGAAAAUACCACCAGCCGAAUUAAUGUUCGGAAGAACAGUAAGAGGAUUGCUACCAGAUAUACGGACGGAUUAUCAGCAAAUAUUGGACGAAGAACUCCGAGACCGAGAUCAAGCAUCCAAAUUCAAUCGAAAUCUCCGUGAAGAUUCAAGGCGCAGAGCUACCGAAUUGGAUAUUAUGGUAGGAGACACUGUACUGGUCAGUCAGGCGAAGCGCGAUAAAACGGAUUCACAAUAUAAAAAUGCUUUCCAUGAGGUAAUUGGAAUAGAAGGAGCUGGCCGUGCGACAGUAAAGGACUUAACCACACAGAAGGUUUUUGAUCGUUAUGUUAAAUUCUUAAAAAAAAUCGUUGAACGAAAGACAAUUGAACCAGAGGAGGAUGCACGCAAUCGACAGGAUGACAGUACAACUAGCAAACACUCACAGGUAGACAUAGAGGCGUCUACUGCCGCUACCACGAGUAACGAUGAGGAGCCUUUGUCUAAACGCCGAAACGCUAGGGAAAUUAAGCGACCUCAAAGAUUGUCCACGGAUGACGAUCACCAUCGGAGGAAUCUGAGCAUCAUCGAUCUCGACAUACACCAACCUUCGAAGAAUGAAACAUCCACACCGCAACUUACUAUGGAAUUGCACACCGACAAGGAUCUUCUAGCCGCCACCUCGAUCAAGUACACUCCAAUUCUAUUCUACAACCGGCUCCUGCUGCUAUUGCUGCUCCAGCUGGAUCUUCCGGCGAUAUUCGUCUAA